UGGGGCUCCUGUGAUGGAGAUUCAUGUAAUUGUUUAAGCCCACAACUCAAGUAUUUUGAGAGAGAAGGGAGACAUCAGGUAAGGGAAAAGAGUGGAACAGAGUGUUGAAAUCUGUAGACUACUGGGACAAACAGGGGUCUGAAGUUGGGUUUUGAAAAGUAAAUGGGGGAUGACAAAUCGGGGAUGGUGGGUAUGAUGGGGAACACCAGUAGAGAAAGAGAUCUGGAGCUUCUCAUUCCUGUGGCUUCCUCCGCCGCCGUUGACGACCAUGAAUCCAAGCCUUCGUCCUCCGCCGCUUCUGCUCACCAUGCCCACACUGGCCGUGAGACAUUCUACAAAGUUGUUAGGAGCUGGGCUUCAAAGAAAUUCAUGACCGGAUGUGUUAUCCUAUUUCCGAUAGCAGUCACCUUUUAUAUAACAUGGUGGUUCAUUCACUUUGUGGACGGAUUUUUCUCUCCUAUAUAUGUGCAGCUUGGCAUCAAUAUUUUUGGUCUGGGAUUUGUUACUUCAAUCACUUUCAUUUUCUUGGUUGGAGUGUUCAUGUCAUCCUGGUUAGGGGCAUCUGUUUUAAGUCUUGGAGAAUGGUUCAUCAAAAGAAUGCCAUUUGUUCGUCAUAUCUAUAAUGCAUCAAAGCAAAUUAGUUCUGCCAUAUCUCCAGAUCAGAACACUCAGGCUUUUAAGGAGGUGGCCAUCAUAAGGCAUCCACGUAUCGGUGAAUAUGCAUUUGGGUUCAUUACUUCAUCUGUGGUUCUUCAGAACUAUUCAGAAGAUGAAGAUUUGUGCUGUGUGUAUGUUCCAACAAAUCACCUAUAUAUUGGUGAUAUAUUUCUCGUCAAUGCAAAAGAUGUCAUAAGACCAAACUUAUCAGUUCGUGAAGGAAUUGACCCUGUGGAACAUAAGUUGGUCAAUGGAUGGAUUUGGAUGCGCAAUAAUUUGGACAGCAUUUUAAUAGUACAGCUGACUGGCAAAGAGUCAUCAUUUUGGCAUAAAUGUAAUGUGCCCCCUGUAUUGCAGAGAUUGUUGUAUCAGGUGGUAUGUCAAUGCCGCAGAUUCUAUCAACUUUGGAUCCAACAAUUGUUCAAAGUUGAUAGUGUGAAUUCCUGACAAACAGAAAUAGAAGAUGGUGAUGGUGAUGAUAAGCGGAGAUGGUCUUAAAGUUCCAUCCCAACUUUCCAGUGCUACACGGAGUGGAUUGCAGUCCUUUGUGCUUUAUCAAUUGGAUUGAGUUUCUCUUUUUUGUUUUUGUUUUAAAUCAUUAGAUUCGGGUCGCUUUUGUAGUUUUGUAACAACAAAAAAACUAGUGUAUAAUGUAGAGAAGUUGGGUCUUGCAUUUUUAAUUUCAGUAGGUCAGUUAAAAAUUUUAGAUCUUGCUCGGCUCUUAAGUUGGAAGCUCCUCUUAGUUAUUGAUGCCGUGUAAACAAAAGGGCGGGAGUAGUAUCAAGCAAUUCAUUUGUAAUGUGCUGUGUUGUACAGUUUUGGGGUCCUAUUCAAUGGUAUUUGGUCGAAG